GAAAUACUAUAAACGUCAUCAUCACAAUAUUUGUAAACAAAUCAUCUCUUCAUCAUUUUUAUUUUCUACUAAAAAUUGUGUCAGUCAGCUUGUUAGUUCGUGAACGAAAUGACAUCAAAACCAAUUGAAUUUGUUCCAAUUUCUUCGUUGAUAAACCCUAGUUUUUGGAAUAAAUUAUCAGAAAUAAAAUUGAAUGAUGAUAAAUUAAGUGAAAAAGAGCACCCCGUUUGGGGAUACUUCUCUAACAUUAAUAAUAAAUGCAAGAUUCCUAUUUUAGAAGUUAACAGCACUUCUUUCAACAGUCAUUUUGAUAGUCAGAAAAUAUAUAUUCCAUUUCAUGGGAGAAUACUCAAUGUAAAUACAAUAGAACUUUUCAAGGAUUUCGAUAAAACCCAAUGUAUAAAUAGAAUUGGGCAAGACAUAUUUACGAGCAUUGAGAAUGGACAGGCAUUAGAAACACCCUCGUUAUUGAAUCAAUUUUUCAUUUUAUCCUAUGCGGAUUUGAAGAAGUUCAACUUUUACUACUGGUUUGCUUUUCCUGUACCUUAUAAACUUUCACUUACUUAUAAUAACAUAAAAAAUAUAUAUGAUGUUUUUGAUAAGGAUCAGCUGGAAUACAUUUGGGAUAAAUAUUGUGAAAUGGAAAGUUCACAGAAACCUUAUUUUCUCAUUUCACUUGAAAAUGGUUCCGUGGAUGUUUUUCAACUGAAACAUAAACUGAAAUUUAUUGAUGGAGGUAAUUGUGAGAACUACUAUUUUGUAUUUUAUGAUUUAUCACUCCUGGAGAAUUGUCCUGGUUCUACGUUGAGGAACUAUGUUACAUUAAUUUUACAAUAUUGCUCAGACUUGCAAGGAAAAUCUAUAAAUUUCCUCUCUCUUCGUAUAAAAAGAAACGAGGACUAUAAGUUGACAAUAUCAGAAAGCCUCAUCUUCAAUGCUGAAUUGCCAGUUUGUCAUACUUCUGUAUCUGAUUUCAUCAAUGAAGACCCCGAUAAGAGAUGGGUAGGUUGGGAGAAAAACGAAAGGGGUAAAUUAGGACCUAGGAUGUCUAACAUGAAGAGCUUUUUAGACCCUAAGGAACUUGCCGAGAGCUCGGUAGAUUUGAACCUGAAACUGAUGAAAUGGAGACUUCUCUCGAAUAUCGAUUUAGAAAAAAUUAAAGCCACCAAAUUCUUGCUUCUAGGGGCUGGAACCUUGGGUUGUUCAGUUGCAAGGAUUCUUUUGGGUUGGGGAGCCAGACAUAUAAGUUUUAUAGAUAACUCGGUUGUGUCAUAUUCAAAUCCAGUUCGACAAAGCUUAUUUACUUUUGAAGAUUCCCAGAAUUCUAAACCAAAAUCUGUUGCAGCUGCUGAAAAUCUUCGCAAAAUUUUUCCUGGGGUGAAGUCCAAAUCCUACCAAAUGACUAUUCCAAUGCCUGGACACCCAGUCGGAGAAAGUACAAUGGAACAGUUGAAAAAAGACGUAGAACUUCUUACAAACCUUGUGUCCGAACAUGAUGUUAUAUUCCUACUUAUGGACUCUAGAGAAAGCCGUUGGUUCCCAACUCUUUUAGGGUCUUAUUUCAAUAAAAUCGUCAUCAAUGCUGCUCUAGGUUUUGAUUCGUAUUUAGUAAUGAGACACGGUGUUAGGGUUGAUACAGAUGAACUCAAAGUGAGGCAACAUAAACCGGGUUUUAAGAGCUUAAAGGGAAAUUUCCUCGGCUGCUAUUUUUGUAACGAUGUCACAGCUCCUGGAAAUUCAACGAAGGAUAGAACUCUGGAUCAGCAGUGUACAGUUACUAGACCGGGUAUUUCAGCCAUAGCCGGUGCUCUUGCGGCAGAAUUGGCUAUAUCUCUUCUGCAACAUAAGGAAGGAGCCAAGGCGGCAGCUUUCUAUCAACUGGGAAGCGUUGUGAAUCCUCAGCAAGAAUUAGAUAACCAAUGUGUUUUAGGAAUAAUACCCCAUUCCAUACGUGGAUAUUUGUCUUCUUUCAGUCAGGUUUUGCCAGCCGUUGAGAGGUAUCAGCAGUGUACCGCUUGUUCCCAGACCAUCUUAGACGCAUAUCACAAAGAUGGGUUCGGUUUCCUCGUUCAAGUUUUCCAAAAUUCAAAGUACCUGGAAGAUGUCAGCGGUUUGGCCACUAUGAAUAAGGAAGCGGAAGAUACUACGAUUUGGGAGUUCAGUGACGAAGAAGAAGUUCAUUGCACGGAUUAUGAGGACAAUGAUUCAGACAAUGCUUCCAAGAUUUCACAUGAAAAGUUAGAAAAGGUUGACGAAACUGAGACAGUUUCGGGAAUACCAGAAAAAGAGGAACAGGGUAAAAUUACACAAGAGUAGCUUAAGAACCAAUUAAUCAUUCCUAUUGUAUAUCGUUUUUGUUAUAUUGUAACUCAUCAGGAUAGAAACUGAUGUUCCUGUGAGUAUUUAUAAAUGCUAUAUUAUCAGA